AAACUGCGAGAAACAGCUGGCGAGCAGGGCAUCUAUACGACACUUAGUUACUGUUGGGGACAAUACGAUAAGUGUCGCAGCCUGAAGGCCAACUUGUAUGCUCAUAAACAUAACAUAGUGUUUAAUGAGCUCCCUUCAGUUUUUCAACAAGCUAUCACAUUUACCCGAGCUCUACAGAUACGUUACUUAUGGAUCGAUGCUCUCUGCAUUGUCCAGGAUGACAGCGACGAUUUUACCCGCGAAAUCGCCAUUAUGGAUGACAUUUACAAAGGGGGAUUUUGUCGCAUUGCGAUUACUAGCUGUAAAGCUCCUACGGAAUCAUUCUGGCCGCCAAAG